CGCUACAAGCUACUGAAGAUUGCUGUUGGGGAGGAGAAGAUGCCGGAAGAAGGCGAAGCACGUGAACGGUGGAUUGAGAAAAGCGCGGUGCUUUUCGACCUCAUCCUUCAAUCGGUCAACAAGGAGAUGUUCGAGCACAUCAAGCAUCUUGUGGAAGCGGAUGAUUCGGGUCCAAGGGCCUGCCGUGCUAAGCUUGGGAAGAAGGUGCUGUGGAGUCUGGAAGAGGAGACUAGCUGCAUCAAGGACUUGUGGCAGCUGCCCAUCAUCCCUUGGAAUGGGAAGACUCCAAUAGCAGCAACGGCAGCAGCGGCAAAGGCAGCAGCAGGAGGAGAUGCAACUGCACCAACUGAUGGGGUCCUGGAAGCAGUCAAGAAAGUGCAGCAGCAGCAGACACAUGCUGUGAACAUGCUGAGGGCAUUUGGGUGCAUGGUGGUGUUUCAUGUGCCCAAGGAGAAAAGAGGGAAGUUGGAGGCUUCUGGAAGAUGGGGUGUGCACUUGGGGAUUGCAAAGGAUCACAAGGGGUGGCUGCUAUGGGACUUGACCACCCAGAAGCUGACAGUGGCAAGGGAUGUGAAGUUUCUUGAGUCCCUGUACUACAAGGAAUGGAAGCAGCAGCAACAGAAGCUUCCAUCUACACCGCUCAUUGUGGAGGCAGAUGAGGUGCAGCGGCCUUCAAGACAGGUGGAGGUUGCAGUGUCUGAGGAGGAGAUGUCUGGGGUGACUGAGGAAGGGGGAGCAGCUGAAGUGGAGCAGCAGCAGCAGCAUGAGCCUAAGUGGCAUUUGGUGAGGAGACUCCUUAAUAAGGAGGUGCGGCUGGAGAUAGUGAAGACCCAUCAGCAGGCAGCAGAUAUUUUCACUAAGCGUCUGGCGGAGGCGGAUCAUUGGAAGGGCAUGAAGCUUGCUGGGAUGAGUGUGCAUUGAGUAUGCAUGCUUGAGAUGUGGUAUGGUGGAUGAUGGUUGGCAGCCAGAGGGGGAGAUUGUUGUGUAUUUGUGAUGAUAGAUCUUGAGAAGAUCUUUCCGACGCAACGAGAAUCCCUUCAAUCGGAGCAAGAACGCGAAAGCUAUGAAGAUUCGAAGUUCAUGAGCUUGCGUUACAAUUGCGGCGGUUACAAAGUGAAGUUGUGGGGUGACUCUAUAUGGAGUUGGGACCUUUGGGGUUGGGGAAAUUUGUCAAUCUACUGUAACAGCUGCAAAUUGGUUGGGAACAACCAAGCUAGGUUGGCAAGGGUGGCCAACUUGGAUGGAUUGGUUGGGAAGGGACAAAUAUUGAGUUAAGUUCUCCUCCUACAGCUUACCCCCCAGUGCGUCGAAAGCCAUAGCGUCGCGAAUACUUCAUCAAUCAACGUGAUUCAAAUUGGGAACGGUAGCUGAGAUUAAGAGCUACAACAUAUCCAAGUUUCGCGACAUUCCAAAGGCUAGUUUUCUGUCGACGUUGUUUCUUUUGAAG